AGUGAGACUUAGAACUGUGGAAUAUCCCAAAUGCAGGUGCAGGGUUUGGCCUGGCUGUGUUUCAGAUGGAGGUGAGGGGUUGUUGAGAUGGUCCUUACCCUCUGCAGGCAGGAGUUCACCAGCCCAUGGAAUGUGGAGCUGGAUAACUCAUGGAGAGUUCCUCUGGCAGUGGUUCCCAAGGUGAGGAACCACCUUAGAUCCAGCUGCCUCCAGCAGCUCAGCCUGGGGGAAGGUGGCAAAGUCCCACUGGUGGGUACAGACUCAGAUCCAGCUCUGGGGUUAAAUUCCUGCAAGGUCAGGCCAGGAAUUAUUUCAGUUCCAGGCUGUGCCAGCAGGAUGCCCUUGAUGGUGAGGAGAAAAAGGUAAAGACACUUUUAGGUAGCUGUGAGUGAGGGGUUUGUGCUGCUGGCAGGCUCUGGUGACCUUUGCCAGGGGAGCCCAGCAUCAGAUCUGGAAAGGGGACUCAUUCCAAGGUGUUCCUGAUCCAACAUUACCCUGAAGGGAUAAAUAUCUGGGACAGAUAAUUCCAGAGCAGAUUGUAAACACUGACAGUGCCACGGAGCGUUUCUGUGCCACAUCCAGAUUUCCAGGGACUCCUCACAGGAGGAUCUCUGGAUCAGCAUCCCGGGACACACAAGAGAACUGGAGUUUAAAUCCUCACACCCUCUGGAUUCUCAUCCUUGCAGGUGCCUUUCUAGGAGAGAAACAGAGGCAGGGGCUGUUUUCCUGCAGGGAGCUGAAAGCAGAGGGGUAAAAGUGGAGUUGCAUCAUUUCACCACACCUUGAAAAAUAACACCACGUUUGCAACACCUUUGGUGGGGCUGCACCCUCCCCUUCCCGGGGUUCCGUGGCUGUUCCAGAAGCCCUGGGAAUGAGCAGGGGAGGCUCAGCAGUGCAUUAAUUACAGCCUAUCACUAUUUAUCUCAUUUACACGCACUGAAAGGCUGCUUUUACCACAGUGCCCCAUUGUGCCAGGGGCUGUGAACACCCAGGCAAAGGCAGGAGCUCUGACUCCUGGAGUUUAUCCUCCUGGAGUUUGUCCUGCAGGGUGGUGCUGGGGAGCAGAAUCCAACCCCACCUGGAAUCCAACACAUACUCAUGUAUCUGCAGCUGUCUUGGCACAGGCAAUUUUCAGACUCCUGGCUUCAGACCCGUCCCAGCUGAGCGAGGAUGAGCUCCCAGGGGAUCUGCAGUCCCUGUCCUGGCUGACAUCCGUGGAUGUGCCCCGGCUGCAGCAGAUGGCCAGUGGGAGGAUGGAUUUCAGCCUGGGGGCGCAGAGUGCCAUGCUCCAGCAGACAGGUCCCGUGGGGAGCACGAUGCACUCGACACCCGGAGCAAUGAUCCACGUCCAGGCCAGCCUCCCACAGGGAAUCCUGGGCCUCAAUUCCAUCUCAGCACACGGAGCCAAUAUGAGCCCCUACGCCGUGGGUGGUCAGCUGUCCCCUGGUUUGCAAACACAGCAACAGCUCUUCCCUCCUCCUCCUCCCCCUCCUCCUCCUCCUCCUCACUCCCAGCAGGUGUUUGCCCUGGCCCAGAACCCCCAGCAGGUACUGUGUAACCCAGCAGCAAUCUACAACACGUCCUAUGGGACACAGCCACACUAUUCCCAGCCACGCCUGGCUCCCCACUCUGCCCAGGAACUGCAUCCAAAGCAUUAUCCCAAGCCCAUCUAUUCCUACAGCUGUUUGAUCGCGAUGGCGCUGAAGAACAGCAAGACCGGGAGCCUGCCCGUGAGCGAGAUCUACAGCUUCAUGAAGGAGCACUUCCCCUACUUCAAGACGGCUCCGGACGGGUGGAAGAAUUCGGUGCGCCACAACCUGUCCCUGAACAAGUGCUUUGAGAAGGUGGAGAACAAACUGAGCGGGACCUCGCGCAAGGGCUGCCUGUGGGCCCUCAACCCCGCCAAGAUCGACAAGAUGGAGGAGGAGAUGCAGAAGUGGAAGAGGAAGGACUUGGCUGCUAUUCACAGGAGCAUGGCCAACCCAGAGGAGCUGGACAAGCUGAUCAUGGACAGACCCGAGAGCUGCAGGCGGCCCAGCAAGCAGGCAGAGCCCGAGGGGCCCCCCCUGGGCCGCCUGUCCCAGCUCCAGCCCCAGCCCAUCAUGACGCUGUCCCUGCAGCUGCUCCCCCUGCACCACCAGCUCCAGACCCAGGCUCGCCUCGCCCCCAACUCGCCAGCCCCAGCACAGACCCCUCCUCUGCACACCCUGCCCGACAUGAGGCACAGCCCCCUGCCCCACCACCCCCUGGGACGCGCCCCCGACUUCCCCAACGUGGCGGUGGACAUGAGCACCGAGGUGGAUGCUCUGGAUCCCAGCAUCAUGGAUUUCGCACUGCAAGGGAACAUUUGGGAGGAGAUGAAAGACGACAGCUUCAGCCUGGACACCCUGGGUGCCUUCAGCAACUCCCCCCUGCAUCUCUCCGACUGCGAGCUGGGCACGCCCGGCCUGACGCCCGUGUCCGGCGGCAGCGACCGCUCCUUCUCCGACCUGCAGGUCACCGGCCUUUACACCACCUACACCACCCUGGACAAUGUGGCAGCUGCUCAGUACAUGAACCCCCAAGGCAACAAACCCAUCCCUCUGCUCUGAGCUGGGCGCCGUUCCACAGAUCCCCAGGGACGGCUCUUCCCCGUGGUUAAAAUCCGGGAAGCUCCAAGAGUUUGUCCUGCUUUGGGAUGUGUUGGCUGCUCUCCAGCGUGUGAGGACAAAAUAAAUCAAGCUGGGACUUGGUAGAACCAUUUUUCCCCCUCCGUGGCAAGGGCACGGACACACCUGUGGGACUGGGGAGCUCUCCAGAAGGACCUGGAAGGCAGCAGGAACUUUCACUGGAAUGUAACUGAGAUAAAAAUCACCCAGUCAAGGGGAUUAAGUUUAUUCCACACUGUGGUGGAGCUGCUGUGUCACCACUGUCACAGAAGCCACCACAAGCCAAGGGGCUGGCCAGCCCCACGUUGGUUGAUUGUGCUCUUGGUGUGUCAUUUUUUCCUCAUUUGCCAAAUUGGACAGAGACCUCCCACAGUUCCUGGAGACGUUUGCACCACUAACACUUUUCUGAUGUAACUGUUGUUAAUUUAUUGUUAGGAGGUAGGAAAAAUGGAGCAAAACCACUAAAAAAAAGGAAAACUCACCUCCCUAGCAGACCACUGUUAUAUCUAGAUUUGUAAAAGUCCUCACCCCUGAAGGAAGUGGUACUACUGAACUAUUAAACUGAUCACUGGCUAGAGGAUUUUAGGAAUUAUGCCAAUUUGUAGGAUUUUUUAAAAAAAUAGAGUUGUUUAUAGUCUUGUGUAUUGUGCUUCUGUCUAUUCUUGUGCUAGGCAGUAUUACUAUUUGUAAAUUUAUUUAUAUUUAUUGUUAUGAAAAGAAAUUAUGUGAACUGAGCACUGUUCAAUUUGUAUAAUGCUGCAGUAACCUGUUUUACAGCCACUAAAUUAUUCAUCAUCAGAACCACAACCAUCUUAUCACAGUUUUGACACUACAUUUCUUUAAUAAGCACUUUUGAUACUGUGAAACUCAUGCUUUUUUAAAAAAUUCAGAGACCAAAUAUUGUCACUGUACCUUUCAUAAUGGCCUUUGCUAAUUAACUAAAAAAAAAACCCUAUUCUAAUGUAGCUUUUUAAAAUAUUUUUCAAACCCUGCUUUGUACUUGUUAACAUACAUUACAAAUAAUGUGAUGAAACAUCUGAAAUAUGUUGGAACUUAGCAUUUAGUCUAGUUAUACCUCUAUGAGCAAAAAGUGAUAUUUAUACCUUGGGUUUUGUCUGUUCCUGUGCAUUCAGAGAAUCUCCCGGUGCCGUAUCCAGGUGCUCCCAGGCUUUUCUCUCCCACACCUAUCCAUGGAUUAAAGCUGGAGGGUGCAGGAUGCUGGAGCAGCCCUCAAAGGGCACUUUCUUGCUUGAAAAUAUAAAGAUCAGGGGCUUGGAAACAUCUGUGCCUGUAUCCUCCCACCACAUCCCUCCAUGGCAACCUCUUCCAAAGGGCACCGUGAUGCUCCACGUCAUAAUUUAUUGUCCAAGGACAAAUGUGAUGAAUGAUCCUUUGCUGUGACUGGUGUCACCUGCGAUGUCUUUGCUUUUUUUAAAUAAACAUUUCUUAGCACUACGGCUGGGGCAUUCUGGAUGUGCUGUGUGGUGCCUGCUGGGGUGUCACUGUGCCUGCUGUGGUGUCACUGUGCUUGCUCUGGUGUCACUGUGCCUGCUCUGGUGUCAUGCUGGGCUUCCCCAGGCUUUUUGCAGACCUUACUGCCAAGCUGAAGGUGGAUCCUUGGCUCAAAUCCUCCAUAAGAGUUUACAGGAAUUUACUGUAAGAAUUUACAGGUAUUUACAGUAAGAAUUCCUCCUCUGUGGUGUCACCCUGUUCCUGGAACCCUCUGAAAUGCCUGGAAAAGCUCUGGAGUGGGGACAGGGCUGGCAGGGGGAUGCCCAGAGCUGCCCCACCCCAGACAGGUCCUGUGCCACAGGGAAGAGGCCAGAGGCACCAGGCCCUGCUCAAGACAAUGACAGAAGACACAGAGGUCAGGGAGUUCCCUGGAGCUGAGCU